CCCUUGGCCAUCCUGCAGCCAACAGAGACGCCCCUGUGAAGCACCAGCAUCCACCUUAUUCAUUAUUCACUUACACUUCUCUCCUCUUCUUCUUCCCUUCUAACUUCAUCGCGUUAUCAACUCUUCACUCUCUCUCCUACAGUAAUCUCCAGUCCCUCCUGUAAUGGCACAAUCACAAAAUAUUCCUCAGCUAGGAUAUCCCUGUCUGGCCACUGGAGAAAGUACAGUGUCGCUCGUAGGGCUUCAAUAUGCCUCAUCCGACAAGAAUGACACUGCAUAUGCACUUCAGUCCUUUACUUUCCCCAAACCCAGCAACAGGAUCGUUACCAAUGCUGCCCAUAUCAACUUCACGCUCACACAGCACUUAAAGCCAUAUACUGUCAGACCUCUUGCAACCAGUCGGAUGAUCUGCUCCUUCGAUAAAGCCUCUGGUACAUUCCUUUACAUCUUCAACGAAAACGUCUAUAUCGAGAACUCACAGAAUCCUGCUCUUGCAACAGAAGAGCCAAUCCCAUCAUGGGACCCCGCACGAAACCAGGUUCCACAGGUGGUCUGGCCCAAGAGCGAAGGACAGGGCCAGUUCCAAUGGCUGGGCGUGAACAAUGGCAACUGGACUAUGUUUGAUAUCGAUGCUACUAAUGGAGUAUCUACACCCACUCCUGCUCCCGUCCCUGCAGACAUUCCCUCGAACGGUAUUUUCUCCAUCAUCCGUGAGUCUGCAGGAUCGUUCCUAGUUGUUUAUAACAAGGCCUCCAAUACUACCGCAGCCAGAUUCACUCUCGGCGCGCCCACUUCCACACCUGUGACCAUGGCCUCGGACGAUAUUGGCUUUAUUGGCUUUUCUGCAGUCUCUCACGCACAGGAUGCUACUGUUGACUACUUUUUUGGAACUCAAGGUUCUUGGUCAUUCACAGCAGCAGCAAAGUUGAACUCAUCGUCAAUUGAAAUGAUCUCGACUCGUGAGCUCCCAAAGGAUGCGAAUGGACCUGUGCCUCAGCUCUUUGGAUAUGGCGCUGCGACCGUGUUUGACACAUCCAGGGCAUUAGUGUAUGGUGGACAAUCGGAUGCAGCCAACAAUAGUUGGACCUUUGGAUUAACGGCUGUGAUCACGGAUGCAGGAUAUCGAUUCAACAAUUACACCGUCUUUGGAGGACCAAAGGCAUCAUCGUCAUCACCAAGCAACUGGGGAAACUUUGCAAUUUAUACACCACCAGCGGCUCCAGUACCCGAGGAAAAAAGCGGUCUCUCGACGCCCGCCAUCAUUGGAAUCGCAGUGGGGGCUGUAGCAUUGGUCAUGCUCGUGGGCUUUUUGGCUAUCUUUCACCGUCGAAACAAGAAAAUUGAGGCGCGCGCUCGUGAGCAGGAAGGGCUCGGGUUGGCUGUACGCGAUUUACAUGCAAAGGGUGGUGAGGGCAUGGGAAUGUAUCAGCCCCCUUUUGCCUCCACUCACUCACUAUUGAACUCGGAAGCCAAUACAACGCCUCGCGGACAAAAUAGUAUAUCGACAGAACGUCCAGCUGAGAACAUGACACUUCGUGUGCCGAUUGUUCGAUAUGCUGGUCAGGAUGUGGCUCAGUCGGUGCCUCAUGCACCCUUGGGCGCCGUGGUGCUCUCACAGUACCGUCUUGGACAGACAGCAGUGAAUACAAAGAUGGUGGUCAUCCAACUGGGCGAGAAUGUAGACACAGCUGAGAGUGUGACACUCAAAUGGGUUCGAGACGAAAUUGUUUGGCAGAGAGAGGCUGCUAUGUUGAACCAUAUCGUCAAUCCUGCAAAGAUUAUUUCGCUACACCAAACCAUGAUCAUCCCUGCCGCCCUUGAGUGGCGUCAUAUUUUGGUCUUGGAUGCCCAUGAUUCGACAUUGGACUUUAUGUUGUCGACCCAUCAGCACCGACUGUUGAGUAGAGCUGAUCAAAGGGCAGUGGCUAAGGCUCUGUUGGGAGGACUGGUCUGGUGUCAUGAGAAGGAUGUGAUCCAUCUGUCGAUCUGCACAGGAUCUCUAGUGAUGAACGAAGAAGGGCAAUGGGUGAUUUGGUCGUUCGGCGGAGCCAGGUUCUUGAAUGAAGCCGUCGGACCUCGUCAGGGCUCCUUGAUUGGCCAGGAGAAUGGCACCGUCGAAAGAAAUUUAGCACCAGAGCUAUUGAGCGCUCGACGGGAAAAUAGACUGGAUUCGAGUUUGGCAGCUCCAUCAAUGGAUGCUUGGGCAGCGGGCUGUGUUUUGUUUGAGGUGUUGACAGGUCAACCCUUGUUCCGAACAGAGGAAGCAGCAGAUCAAGCAGCCACUGGCCGUUUCACGGCCUGGAAGGAUCGUCUUGUUGAUAUUCCAGAUCUUAAUGAACGAAGGGUAGUGGAACAACUGUUAGUUCUGGACCCCAAUUCUCGUUCAAGCCUCAAUCAAGCAGAGCAUCAGUUUGUGUAGACU